AUGACUGAUUACAAAGUGAUUUUUCAACCGUUCAUUGAUUUAUUCAAUCAAGGACACGUUCAGGCUGUUUUGUUAGCAUGGCUUCCAACAAAAAUGGGACCAUAUUUAUCCGGCGUAAUGGCUGUAGAUAUGUUUUUAACAACAAUAAUUGCAUCAGGAAUAACAACUAUUUUUGCUGCUUUGUAUUUGAUUGUUGUCAGGAUUACAACAGGAAAUUGUUGGAACAAAAACAUAGUCAAGGUGCAAAUUGAACAUUAUGUAGCCGGAAUUUAUGGUGACCAGCAAACCAGCAUGUUUUACGUGGCAAUAUCAUGGAUAAUUUCUCAACAAACUAAACAAUUAUCGAAUGGUAGUUUUCUUGUACAAUCAGUGAAUUCCAUCACUAAAGUUGAUCCAGAAGAUGAUUGUGAGCCUCCCGGUUUCAACAUAUUACCCGAAAAAAAUCAAGUGAUAUCCAUUGAUUAUAAAGGAAGAAAAUUCAAUGUCACAUAUAGCAUGCCAGAAACUGAUGCCGAGAAUAGAGAAGUUUCUAACAAUAGCAAUGUUGGUUAUAACUCAUCAAGUAUAAAACCUAUGCCAUCAAUUUUUUUGACAACGGUGGAAGAUUCAAAUACAAGCGUUGAUGCAGUAUCGGACUUUCUCAAUGAUGUUACUAGAUCAUAUCUUGAAUCGCAAAAGAAGCUACGUGUCAGAUCAAGAUACGAAAGGUCUGAAGGGUAUUGGAGCAGAGUGCAGGCGUUAUCCUCAAAUAGAGGUUUGAAAACAGUUGCAUUGGAGAAGGCACAAAAAUCACUAAUUAAAAGGGAAUUGGAGACGUUUACAUCUGACAAAGACUUUUAUCAGAAAAUUGGUAUGCCAUAUAGGCGCGGAAUUUUACUUUAUGGCAAACCUGGUACAGGAAAAACAAGUUUAAUAAAUGCUAUUUCGUCAUAUUUAAAUCGUGAUAUUUAUUUUCUUAAUUUAAAGAAUAUAUGCGAUGAUAACGAAUUGAAUGCAGCAUUUAGUUCUCUUCCCGCCAAUCAGAUUAUAGUAUUAGAGGAUGUUGAUACUCAUUCAAAAAUUUUACACAAAAGAGAACUUGAAACAAGAUGUGGUAUGUUUCAAAACAAAAUCGAAGAAACUAAAACUGACACUGGUAGAAAAGUUAGUUCUAGAUUUUCAUGUUUUAGUUUGUCAACAUUCCUGGGUUGUUUAGAUGGUCAUUUAAUGUCAGAAGGUAACAUUAUAAUCAUGACAACAAACCAUGUCGAAGUUCUUGAUCCAGCUUGUAUUAGACCAGGUCGUAUGGAUGUACAUUUGGAUUUGGGAUAUUGUACACAUUAUCAAAUCAGGAAAAUGUACAAAAACAUAACAGAAAAUCCAAAUGCAGAGUUUCCACAAGAAUUUCUUGAUAAGAUACCCGAAAAAUUAUUGCCACCAUGUGAAGUGAUGAUGACAAUGCUUUUAUAUAGAAAAGAAAUUGACAUACUACCUGAGAAAGUGUUUGAUUUGACUCGUAAGUAUCAAGAUAUGAAACCUGAAGAAAUCGCAAAAUUAAUGGAAGAUGAAUUAAAAAGAACCAAAAAAGAAUCAGCUAGUAAUGAUAAUUUAGACGAUGAAGCGAAAGAAGAACCGGUGGAAUCAACAACAGCUAGUGGUGAUGAUGAUGGUGAUCGUAAAUUGAAAGCUAAAGAUGAUAAUGAUAAAAUUAUCGAUGAUGCCAUCGAAUCAAAAGAAGCCAAAAAAGAUGAUAGCAAAAAUGAAGAAGGUAUAAUAGGAAAGAAAGAGACAAAACAAAUUGCUUCGAUAGAAAUGAUACGAGAUUUAAGUAAUGUUACAUGGACAAGUGAUGAUAGUGAUAGUAGUACUGAUGUAGAAGUAAAAUGA